AUGUUGCUACACAGAUUCGCAAAGACAAUCGCCAUAGUGGACAUUUUGGCUGCAAAAGUGAAUUCCCUUGCCCCCCAGACACUCACAUCAUUCAACAAUCUCGAGUAUGCGCGACUUCGCUCUGAAGAGCCAGAGCGGGGGCUUCGUCGGCGGCAGUAUGACGAUAACCUGACCACGGGAACUAUCACUGUCACCGUGGCUCCUGAUGAGACCUGCGGUUUUGAUGCUUGGUCGGGCAAGUUUUUUUGCCCAUCUUCAACCGCUUGCUCAUGGGAAUUGGAUUCGAUCGCUGAUGUGUUUUGCGACUUGGAGGAAAUCCAAAUCACCUGCCUCGACCGCGUAGAUGCAACUGACACAGACAUAUGCGACGAUGAUUGUCUCUCAGACGAUUACACCUUAAAAUGCACCGAGUCCAGUUCCCCCUACUGUGCAGAAUGGCACUUUGAGGGCAUUACCGCCUGGGACUGUAGUCACUCGCGAGGCACGGACACGAUGUACAGCACCUACGAUGAGGAACCUCGAGAGUUCACGACCAUUGUUUUCGUUGACGGAACGCCGAGCAUGACAUGGGUUAACCCCGUGUUCACACCAAUCACCGAUAGCACAGCAACCGACCCGAGUGAGACGUUCGAAACGAUAGAGGAGCCUAGUGAGACAAAAACAGCUCCGCCUCCACCCCCACCCCCCGGACUCAACGUUGGCGCGGUUGUGGGAGGUGUUGUGGGAGGUUUGGCCGUCAUCAGCCUGACAAUCCUGGGAAUCCUAUACAUCUUGCGUCGCAAUCGCAGACGAGAUCAGUCGCAUGGCUCUUUGCCUGAGUCCACCGCUCAUUCAAGGUUCCCCGAUCCGAAAGUCGUGGGCUCUCCAACCAUCACUCAACCAUAUUCCCCCCGCACAAUGUCGCCUAUUCAACCCCAGAACGAUGCAACGCUUCCUCAGACAGCCUACUUUAAUCACGAUGCUUUUGAAGCAGCCACUAGCGACCAUCUGAGUGCGAGCACCCACGAGCAUGGAGGAUUGGCCGGAGAUCGCCAAUAUGCGUCCACGCCGGGGACAUAG